GCCCCGCGCAUCCCCGCGGCCCCUCGGCCCGGCGCAGGCGGCACCCGCCGCCAGGAGCCCGCGCCGAGCCGCGCAGGGGGAAGCGGGCGCGGGGCGAGGGCGGACGGUGACGCCGGAGCGAGGAGCCGCCUGAGGGGAGGCGGUGUGAGGGACCGGAGCCGGGGCCUCGUCGCUGGCCCGGCCCCUGUCUCCCCUCCGCCGCCGCCGCAGAGGGGCCUGUGUGGAAGCGGGGCGCCGGGGGGCAGUCGGAGCCGUGUGGCGGCCCCCGCCUGACGCCCGCGGGGAGCGGACGAGGGAAGGGCUGGGCCGGGAGGAGGCCGGGCGGCGGCCGGCUUUGCGUUAGGCCCGGGCAGGCAGCGGAGGAGCCCCUCGCACCCGGCCAGCGCUGAAACCCUUCUGCUGGUGGGUAGGUCGGGUGCGGGGGGGAAAUAGGUGCUUAGCCCUAAUAAGGGAUUAAAAGAUGCCUCAUGAAGCUGCGCGUUGGCUCCGUGAACUGAGGGGCUGUUCCCGGUCCGGCCCUGCUGUCUGCCCGGCUGAUGUGAGGGGUUAGGCUGGUGGGGCCGAGCUGCUGAGGAAUGGAAGGGACGGAGGGCAGAAGCGGCACGGCCUCCUCGGUCAUCGCAGACCGGAGCUUGGUGUUUUGGACUCUGUGCGCGGUGAUCCUGCCGGUGCUGAUCACCUUGUGGUGCAGCUUCCAGCGGUCCCGGCGGCAGGUGUUGAUACGAGACAUCUUCCGCAAGAGCAAGCAUGACUGGCACUACACAGACCUCUUCGGCCAGCCCUCCUACUGCUGCGUCUGUGCUCAGCACAUCCUUCAGGGUGCCUUCUGCAACUGCUGCGGGCUGCGUGUCAGCGAAGGAUGCCUCAAGAAGGCUGACCAGCUUUUUCUCUGCAAGGAAAUUAUGAUGAGGAGCGACGGUGGAGCCCACAGCUUUAUGCCACACCACUGGAUCAGGGGCAACGUCCCCCUCUGCAGCUGCUGUAUGAUAUGCAAACAACAGUGCGGCACGCAGCCCAAGCUCUGCGACUACAGAUGUGUGUGGUGUCAGCACACUGUACAUGAUGAAUGCAUGAUGGAUUGUUUAAAGACUGACGAGUGUACAUUUGGAGAAUUCAGAGACUUAAUUAUUCCACCAUAUUAUUUGUCUACAAUCAACCAAAUGCGUAAAGACAAAAGAACAAAUUACGAAAAGGUAGUACCUUACAGCAGAAAACACUGGAUGCCAGUAAUCAUACUGGCUAAUACUCGUAGUGGAAACAACAUGGGUGAAACUUUACUGGGAGAAUUUAAAAUUCUGCUGAAUCCCGUUCAGGUUUUUGAUCUAAGCAAAAUCACACCUGCUAAAGCCCUCCAGCUUUGUACCUUGCUGCCUUGCAACGCGGUCAGGGUUCUUGUCUGUGGUGGGGACGGCACAGUAGGCUGGGUCCUGGAUGCAAUUGAUGAAAUGAAGAUAAAGGGGCAAGAACGAUAUAUUCCACAAGUUGCAAUUUUACCUCUGGGAACGGGUAAUGACCUGUCUAACACACUGGGCUGGGGUGCAGGUUAUGCUGGAGAGGUCCCUGUAGAACAAAUCUUACGAAAUGUCAUGGAGGCAGAUGGAAUCAAAUUAGACAGAUGGAAGGUUCAAGUAACAAACAAAGGAUACUACAACUUAAGGAAACCAAAGGUAUUCACAAUGAACAACUACUUUUCUAUAGGACCUGAUGCUCUCAUGGCUUUAAAUUUUCAUGCUCAUCGUGAGAAGACUCCCUCUCUGUUUUCCAGCAGAAUUAUUAAUAAGGCUGUUUAUUUUUUUUAUGGAACCAAAGACUGCUUAGUACAAGAAUGUAAAGAUCUUAACAAAAAAGUUGAGCUAGAGUUGGAUGGUGAGAGAAUCGAGUUGCCCAAUUUGGAAGGCAUCAUUGUCCUGAAUAUUGGAUACUGGGGAGGUGGCUGUAGGCUCUGGGAAGGAAUGGGUGAUGAACCUUACCCCUUGGCAAGACAUGAUGAUGGACUUCUGGAAGUUGUUGGCGUUCAUGGUUCUUUCCACUGUGCCCAGAUUCAGGUGAAACUGGCAAAUCCUGUUCGCCUGGGGCAGGCACAUACAGUCAGGCUGAUCUUGAAGAGUUCAAAGAUGCCGAUGCAGGUGGAUGGAGAGCCGUGGGCUCAGGGGCCCUGCACUGUUACCAUAACUCAUAAGACACACGCACUGAUGUUGUAUCACUCGGGUGAACAAACGGAUGACGACGCUUCCAGCACGUCUGAGCAGGACCACGUGAGAGACCAGACGGAUGAAGACAUGUAGAUUUUGCAGAAUUUAACGUAAUACAGUGAUGAACUUCAGCUCUUUAAACACCGAGAACACCUAAUCUAGCUGUGAGGUUCAUGCUUGUGAAUGAACUAAAGCUGAGGAAAAAGCCAUGCUUUUACGUUCAUUAAAACUUUCACAGCUGAAUUACCACAACUGUUUUGCCUUUUAGAUUGGUGGUGAUGCCUUUCUAGCUGGAGUUAGUUACUGUAAUGGCAGGAAAGAGACAGAUCCGGUGGCCCUUCCCUGUUGUGGAAUCAGAUCUUCUGCACGUGCACAGUACAGUAUGCAAAAUGUCUGAUACCCUUGGAAAGAACAGCUGGGAGUUUGGCCUGUUUCCACCUGCCCACUUCCCCAGAACAGAAAACCAGACCAAGGAGGAUGUGGGCUGGUUUUCUGACAGCAGCCUGCUCCUGGCUGCCAUCUGUUCUUGGGAGCUGGUGCAAUGCCUAUCUAAUAGGCUUGGCUGGCAGAGCAGAAGAUCUGGGAGCUCUUGGGAAAGGUGGUUAGCAAGGAAUAUACUUUUGGACCAAAGGUUUCUGGAAAUGUUCUGUUUGUGAAUGACCUUUUUCAGUGGCUUUGUAAGUCAUAGAUAGAGUACUCCUGACGUCCCGAGUACCCAAGCUACAACUUCAAAAUAAUUGUACCAUGACUUGCACUGAAUGAUGCUGUGACUGACUCUGCUUUGGUUCAGUGAGAGGCUAAUUCUAGUUUUUGUAAAUAACAACAUCAUAGUUUCUCAAGGAGGCUUUUUGGACGAAAACUUGGACAAAAGAGCUGUCUAUUUAAGCUGUUUAGAGAAGGAUUUUAAACAAAUAAUGAUGACGGGCAAAUGUCAUCAUUUGGUGGUGGUGGUUUAAAGUCUUGUUAAAACACUUGCUUCACAAUUACCUGAAAAUGAUCAAUAGUUAGUCUGUUAACUUUCAAUUUUAAGCAUGGAGGUUGAGAGCUAAGUUUGCAAAGGUUAGCAAGUUCUGGCGUUCAUGUAUAAUUUGAUGGUGAAAAAAAGCAUGAAACUGUUUUCUGACUGGCUCUUAGGGAAUCGGAGAUACCUUGUUGGAUCUUUAUUUCCCAUCUGAAUAUAGGGCGAGAAAAAAAUUGGUGGUCUGUGCUGAUUGUGAAGGGUAAGAACAUAUAGAGCAGUACAUGGAAACUGUCAGUUUGGCAUAUCUGAAGCUUCUCAGGUUAAAAGCUUCUCAGGUGAAAACAUCUUCAUGGUUAACAGAAGUAAAAAUCUGCUUCCUUAUUUAUUUUUUUUUUCUGUUAUAGCAGGUGAGAGCUGUAAGAUGAGAUGUAAAGUUUGUCACAAAGUAAUUCAGUUAAGUCCAGUUGAGUCACUGAAGGUGAUCUUCUAAGUGGGAAAAGAAUUUAUGCUGAAUGUGUACUGUGUAAGCCAAGAUCAUUAGAGAAGUUGAGAGCCUUGGUCUGAACUUUGUGUGUUGCUGCUUUUGUCAGAAUUCCCCUGAUUUAUUUUUUUUCCCCUUUUUCUUUAUGUUAACUGAAAGGGGUAGAGUAGGGUAUGUUUCUAGGUUUUGUAAAAUGAAACUUUUUCAACAGUCUAUAAAAUGUUGUUUGCAUUGAUGAAUGAACUAUUUAUAUUUUAAAAUAAUUUAUUGAAACCUUGGUAAAGUCAGUAUUUUUAAAACCUUCAAUUGUAAUCCUCUUUGGAGAGCAUUUUUAACUUGAUGGUAUUCAUUGUAGAAAGUGUAUGUACUAGAUCUUCGAUACUACUGAUUAUCAGUGAAUUUAUAGCUGUCUGAAAAUGUGAUUAGAGUGUAAUGAACUGUAAAGCAGAAGCCAUUUGUAAAUUCCAUAUUCAUUAGCCUUAUACCCCAUGGCGGGGGGUUGGAACUAGAUUAUCUUUAGAGUCCCUUCCAGCCCAGACUAUUCUAUGAUUAUACACCUCAUCUUAAUUAUUUUACUGUAUGUAAAUAUAGAGAAGAAAUUAAUAGUUAAAUCUAUGUUAAAAGUGUUUAAAAUGCGCAAAAGUAUACUAUGUUAGAUAAAUCCACUACCCUUUUUUCUCUUGGUUCUGAGGUUCAAUUUGUAUUAGCUUCAAAAAUCUUACUAAUUAAGUUAUUAGUAUUUUUAAUAACUUACAACCAUCAGCAUCCUAAAAAUAGUUAAGUUCUCUGCUAUGGUUGUUACCUAACUGUUGUUUACAAACAAAUGACAAGUCUCUGGAAAAGCAGGGUAUGUGCUAUGAAAGGCAGUAUUUUCUCACGAGAAAUGACACCACUGGCUACUUAAUGUAAACUAUAAUACAGUUUAAAGAGUUACCUGAAGUUGAUCAGAUGAUUAUUCAAAUUGUUUUAUAGCUUAAGAACCUUUAACUGUUCAAAAACUUCACUCUUUGAACUCCUGACAUCUAGAAAAAAAAGGAAUCAAUGCCAGGACUUUGAAAGUCUCCCUUUUUCACAGUAGGUACGUUGGCUUCUGCGCGUGGGCUUUGCCUGGGUAGGUGCCGGGGACGACACACCAUGUACAGGCAAGAUCUGGGGAGUCCAGUCCUGAAUGUGUGAAAUCCUCUUUGGGAAACAUAAAUCCAUCAUUCCGCUUGGAGAAACAAAGGAGUAUUAGAAGUGAAAGCAGCAUCGAAUUGGGUGCUUGUUUCUGGAAAACCCCUGAUAAAUGGUCUUGUUUGUAUUGGACAGAUCACCCCCUUCUUGCAUGUGGAAGUGGAGAAGUUUGUGUUUCACAAAUUGACUGUUAGUGAUUGCAGCAAAUGAUAGGUAGAGAACGUAGCCAUUGUAAGCAUGGGGAAGCCUCUUGUAAAGUUGUAUUUAUGGUAUGGAGAACAUUCUGUGUUAUUUAUGGUAUGGAGAACAUUCUGUAAGGUUGAAGUGUCCAGUUCCCAAUCACACAUGGGGUCAUCAUUCUAUUGUAACGAUAUGUAGCUGUCAUCUGCAUGACAAAAAAGUUCUUUUUAAGCAUACUGUUAGCACUAGAAUGUAUUGGGAAGCCUUGCUGUUUCCAACAUGCUGUCCCUUUGAUUUCAAUGUAUCCUCCUUUCCAGUAUGUUGCAAAUUGGAUUAAAGCCAAUGUUGGGUUUGGGGUUACGUUUAUAAAACUGUUUUAAGUUUUAGUCUAACUGCAGACAGUAAAUGUCAGCAAUGGGCUCCCAAAUUCUAGUGCUAGCACAAGUGGACUUUUCUAAUUUGUAACAUAGCUGUAGCUGCUUAAUGCUGUAAUGUGGCUGUUGUGACUGUAAAACUGCUACAUCCUUUAUUUAAUGUUGUAGGUGCAUAAAGCAUCAGUACGAAUUACCUACUCUGUAGCUCUCUGAGGAUUGGAGAUCUGAAAAUACUGCAGUACAUUCUCUGUCCAGAAGAGGGCACUCUGCAGCUAGCGCUCGUGUCCUGCACUGAGGAAUUUUCCCUUCCCCUGUUAAUGAUUAACAUUGGGAAGAGAGUGAAAGCGAUGUUUCAAAAAGACAAGUAAUGAAUAGUUUCUUCUGGCAGUCUUCAUACAGUAUAGCUUGGUGUAAAAUGUACAGGGUGAAUAAUAUCAAUUGUCAAGCACUGAAAAGUGAAUUCACAGAGUUUAUUCUUAAUUGAGUUGCUGCGUGCAUGAGUUUAACUGAAGUUUGGUCAGAUUCCGGUAACUUUCUUUGCUGUAGGUUCUCAAUCCUGGGACAUGCAAUACGAAAAACUUACCCUUGUAUGGAGCCAGCUUCCUGCCUGGCUCAAACCUCACUUGUUUACAGGCACAUUGAGAGGAUGGGUAUGUGUAUUUUCAUGUGCAUAGAACUUCUUGUCGUAGGCUGUGUUUUGAUUUGUGCUUUCACUUCAGCAAUUCAUAGCAGGGUUAAGCUGUUUCAAAUACCAUCUGCAUUUUGGCUCUUUUUAAAAAGGCAUCCAAAGUCCAAACUUGCAUUCUUUGUCUUCAAAAACAGCUGAGGUGAAUGGCAUUCACUUAGGGGUUUGGUUUUUUUCCUAAGAAUGUCUAUUGUUCUUGGUGUUAGGGUAGUAUUUAGAGCAUACUUUUAACAGCACUUUGGAAUUUGGAAUUACUGCAGUUAUUAGAAACCACAAGACUCUAUUCUUUUUCUACUGCAAUAGUGAUAUUUCUAUUUCAAAUUAAUUUGGAAUUCUGUUCAAAUUAGAAUGUUUUUCUCAGCACUGUUAUGAAUUGCAUUUCAUGUUCAUAAUGUAAAGACUGCAUAGCAUAAUUCAUGCAUUUGAUAGUCUUUUUAUAUGUUCACUUUCGAUGUUGCCCCUUCAUAGGGGUUUUUUUCCCAGGUGUUGCUUUUCUUAGACACUAACUAACUUGGAACACCAUUUACCUUAGUUGGAAGCUUUAAGUACUUGCUCUCAGAAAACAAACUUGGGUUUUUCCUGGUUGCAAAAGAAAAUGCUGCCGUGUUUGAACACACUUAGAGAAAAUGGUCUUGUUGAGGCAAUGCUUAUAGCAAGAGUAAGUUAAAUGUUUCUUCUCUAUAACUUCAGCUGAUUCAGGUUGAGAAUUUAUUCCGCCAUACGUUUUUUGUCUUGCUAAUGUUUACAACUACUCAGUCAAUACUUUCCUUCAGUCAUUCAAUUACUCACUUUAUCCUGGCUCACUUUCAGCCAAAAAUGUCAUUUGGGACAGUAUCCAAAGCUCUGCUGAAAUGAGGGUAGUGAGCUUCUCUUCUGUCCACUUUAUCCUUUGUGCCAGCUACCUUGUCAGAAAACAAAAUUGGAAUGACUUCACAUAGCUUAUUCUUAGCUCAGUAACUCACCUGUUUGGCUUUUCCAGUCACCAUCACCACACCUGGAAGACAUUAGAAAGGACUCCAAAGGCUCCCAGUCCCUCUGUCCUAUUUUGAAAGUACAAUUUUUGCUCUUUGCUGCUGUGGAGGAACCUGUUCUCCACAGGUGCUGAGAAUUGAUAGUUAAAGGUUCUGGUUUCAGUUUGGCCAGUUCCUUCUGGUUCUGCACUACGUUGCACUGAAGCUCACAGCUUUUAUUGUGUAUGCUAUUGUAUCUCACUGGUUAAAAACAACUGUAAAGCACUGUACCUUAGCUGUGAACAGCAUAAUGGUAUCAAUGUUACAGGAAUUACUCUUUUUCACUUGGCAACAAAAGCUUUUUGGUAGAGCACCACUGUAACCUAUUUAGUCUAUGGGUAAGAGUAGGACACUUAAGAAUCUUUGCAUGUGUUCUAACUGAAAAUCCUUUUUUUGUUCUGUAUUUCAUACUGAUUACUAGCAGUUCCUUUUAGAAAAGAAAAAAGAUUUGACCCUUCAGUUAGGAGGAAACUAGGAUAUCUUGAGAUUUAAAAAUACUAGUGCAUAACUGAUCCUGCUGAAUGUGAACCACUUAUUUAAAAAUGCUCUGACUUUUUUUUUCUGAGAGAUUAUAGCUGCUUCUUGAACACAGGAAUGAGACAACAGAGACCACUUGUUCAUUUAGCAAUUAAGUCUACUGAGAGAAUUUACACGUUCUCUAUUUCAUCCUCAUUUAGGCCACAGUUCUAACAGCACGGCAUGAUCAAAAUUUCUUUAUCUCACUAAGAGUGCUGAAUACCCAGUUCAGGUUUUGGGCAUCUCAGGGAGAGAACUUCAAGCUGGAGUAAAGCCACAUGCCUUGACUAAACCUAGUGAUGUUGUGCAGACUUACAUUAGCUGAGGAUCCGGCCCUUAACUGUUCAAAAGUAUGAAUGUAUUCAAAAUGUUACUUUGUUUCUUGUUGAUACUGCCCUGUUUACUGUGCUUUAUACCCUUGUUGCUGUAUGUAAUUCAUUUUUUGCAUUGUUUCAUUUGCAACUUGUUUGUGGACUUCAGCCUAAAAAUAAUUCUCUUUUUAAGAGUAAGUGGGAACUUACAUUGUGAGUUUAUGGCAUUCUGUAUCGUUAAAGUUUACAUCACUCAAAAGCCAUUUUGUCUGCUACCAACUGUUGUAAUCCUUAGAGUACCUCCAGCCGUCUUCUCUUUCUAGGAUUUUUAUAGUUAAACAGAACGGAUUUUUAUUUUUGUAGCUUGUAACUUCAAUAUGUAAAGUAGUUAUUUCUAUGUAGUAAUUGGUGAUCAGAAUACUGUAAAAAUGUUACUUUUAAGACCUGUAACUUUAAGUUAGUAAUAACUACUUAGAAGAAAAUACCAGCAUGUUAAAAGCUUAAAAAAAUGUAUUCUUUAGCUUGGAAAUACUGUAAUGCCCUGAGUUGGGAUCUGCAUUGAAUGUGUUUAUGCAUAUAUUCUGAAGUUGCACUAAAUAGGGAAAAAAUGAGCUUGAAAUGCAAGUAAUAGAUCAAAAAGUAGAAUAUAUAACAUCUUAGGCUUUUUUCAAGGUAGAAAGGUGACAUUUGGGAUUCAGUAUUUUUUUGUUUUUCCCACAGAACAGUAAGGAAGGAGUGAUCACUGUACUCUUGACAGAACAGUUGUUUCCUUAUGGUGCAGUUUGAUAUAUAUAUAUAUUAUCUAGUGCCCAAACAAAAGCAAAAGCUGUUUGCACCGUUCCCGCCUCUUCUCAGAGAGCAAAACCUCAGAGCAAACCUGCCUGCUCCCAGCUGUAAGUAUGAGAGACCUUACUUGUAAGGAAAUAACCAGCCAAUGUAAUAUCAAACCUCCAAUAUAAAUGUUUAAAGUCAACAUUUGUUUAUUUCUUCUUGACAUCAAGCGAUGCUUUCAAAUCCCAAAUGGUUUUUGCUUUGUUUUUUAAAAGGCAGCAGGCUGAAAUGAGAGAUUAAGGAGGUAUCACUGUAAAACUCAGUCACAAAAUCUGGGAAGUGUGUUCUUUAUUUGCUGCGUAGGCCCAGGGCGUGUGGUUGUGGGACAUCUCAUAAAAGUCUCUGUGGUGUUUGCACCCUCACUGGCUUCGUUCAGUGUUUCUGAAUCGGGUGAUAAUGCCAUUGCCCCUGUAAUUGUGACGUUUGCUCAGAUCAUUACAUGUGGGUGAUGGGUAUUAUUUGAGUACUUGGGCCAGGUUCUAUGUAAGAACCUGCAACUGCAGUGCAGUCACAGAACUCUGUGGGUUCUGUGGUGGUACUCCAUGCCAACACCAGUGCAACUGAAGAGAGCUUUUGUCUUCAGACAGUUGUAUCAUGGCCCAGAUCUUGUGACUUAAGCUCCCGGAAAGUUCUUUUGAGAAACAAUCUGCUCCAUAUUCUUCAUAGAAGUUUGUAAAUACAGAAUUUUCACAGCACUGACUCUGUUACUGCAUUUCCUAAUGCAUCUUUUUGUUGUCUUGUUAUUUGUACUGUAUUUCUCUGUAGACUAAAGUGUGUGGAUUAAAGUAUUUAAACUCGGU